CACCCAGCCUGCAGUUUUCGGCUCCUUGGCGAUCGCUCUUUCCUAGGCAGCUAUUUUUGUUUAGACAUCAGAAUGUCAGUAGUAGGUGUAAUGUUGCACUGAUAUAUUCUAUAUUCAUUAACCGUUCGCAUAAAUAUAGCAAUGAACACCAUAUUUGCAGUCAGCCUUGUUUUUGUAGGGUGCUGCAGCAAUGUUGUAUUUUUGGAACUUUUGGUAAGGGAGUUUCCAGGAUGCGGGAACAUUGUCACAUUCGCGCAGUUUGCAUUUAUUGCGCUGGAAGGUUUCAUCUUCGAAACAAAUUUCGGAAGCAAGAAGCCUGCCAUCCCCCUUAGGAACUACGUGAUUAUGGUGACCAUGUUCUUCACCGUCAGUGUCAUAAAUAACUACGCGCUCAACUUCAACAUCGCUAUGCCCCUGCACAUGAUUUUCAGAUCUGGGUCAUUGAUAGCGAAUAUGAUUCUGGGCAUAAUUAUACUGAAGAAAAGGUACACAAAAAGCAAAUACAUCUCCAUAGUGUUUGUUUCCCUUGGGAUCUUCAUUUGCACCAUCAUGUCUGCAAAACAAGUGAACAUGGGUCAAGACGUCACAGAGGAGCAGAGCUUCUACUCCUUCCUGCACUGGCUACUGGGUAUCGCCAUGCUGACCUUCGCCCUGCUCAUGUCAGCCAGAAUGGGCAUCUUCCAGGAGACGCUCUACAAGCAGUACGGCAAGCACUCCAAAGAGGCUCUGUUCUACAACCACUGCCUGCCCCUGCCUGGGUUCCUGCUGCUGGCCUCCGACAUCUAUAACCACUGCGUCCUCUUCAGCCAGAGCGCUCCCGUCGAGGUGCCAGUCAUUGGAAAGGCCGUGCCAGUGAUGUGGAUAUACCUGCUGAUGAACGUUAUUACUCAAUACGUGUGCAUUCGGGGCGUGUUCAUCCUGACGACGGAGUGCGCCUCGCUGACGGUGACGCUGGUGGUGACGCUGCGCAAGUUCGUCAGCCUCAUCAUCUCCAUCCUGUACUUCCACAACCCGUUCACCACCUGGCACUGGGUGGGCACCGCCCUGGUCUUCGUGGGUACCCUGCUGUACACCGAGGUGCUGGGCAGCAUCGGCACCGCGCUCCGCAGGGAGAAGAAGAAGGAGGAGUGAUCCCCCACACCCCCACACCCCUCCCCGCAGGAUCGGGGGGGCUGCCACCUCCCAGACACACACACACACACACACAGACACAUACGCGCACUCCAAGGACGUGUGUUCCUUCAUUGCCAGAUUAGAUCUCCCCACCCAGUCCCGUGGUCUUUUUGUGACCUGAGCUCAGUGUCUCUCAGUCCUGCUCCUGGAGCCCCCCUGUCCUGCAUAUCUUCCGUCUGUCCUUGCUCCA